UAUUACUAGUUUUUAGUUAAUUGCAAGUUUUGUGUGUGUAUAGUAUAAGAAAAUUAAUAUACAAUUAUUAAUUUAAUUUAUUUAUUAUAAAUUAAGGUAGAAGAUAAUUAAUGGAAUAAAAUGUUUGCUAAUUAAUUAAAUAUCUAUAAAAAAUUGAUGAAAUUAAGGAUCCACGUUUCUAAUAAAUAUUUAAUAUUAUUUUGUUUUUUCUUAUUUGGUAUAUAUGGGACUCUUUAAAGUAUAGUGAUGUAAUAUAUAUGACACAUACAAAAAUAUAUUAUUAUUAAUAUUGAUCUUUUAUUUACUAUUUUAAACAUCAAUAAUAAUGCAUAUAUAUAGUACAAAGCAUUGAUCAACCAAUUCUAGCUUUUAGCUUUCUCCAAUAGUUGCCAAAAUGGUAACAACAACUAGUACCAAUAGUGAUGAAUUCGCUACUCAAACGACACCAAAGGCGAAAAGCGACAGACAAAGCGAGCUCAAAGCUUUUGACGAUACAAAAGCCGGUGUUAAAGGCCUUGUUGAUUCUGGAAUCACUGAAAUUCCAACUUUUUUCCAUCAUCCAUCUGAUCAAUCAUCAUCAGUUUCCGAAGACACCCAAGUGAGCAUUCCAGUUAUAGAUCUUAAAGGAAUUAUUAAUGGCGAGCGAACAAGAGAAGAUGUCAUUAAGAAAGUUAGAGAAGCUUCAGAAUUAUGGGGCUUCUUUCAAAUCGUCAACCAUGGAAUCCCAAUUAGGGUUUUGGAGGAAAUGAAAGACGGUGUUCGUUGUUUUUACAAGCAAGAGGAUGAGAUUAAGAAGGAGUAUUAUACAAGAGAUAUUUCGGAACCAUUUGUUUAUAAUAGCAACUUUGAUUUGUAUAUUACUCCUUGUGUGAAUUGGAGGGAUACAUUUACUUGUUUUAUGGCUCCUCACCCUCCAAAUCCUCAAGAUUUGCCUCUAGUAUGCAGGGACAUUCUUCUUGAGUACUCAAACGAAAUAAUGAAACUUGGAAUUGUGUUGUUCGAGUUGUUAUCUGAAGCAUUAGGGCUUGAUCCAAAUUACUUGAGCAACAUAGGUUGCGCCGAGGGUCUAUUCGUUUUAGGUCAUUACUAUCCACCAUGUCCGCAACCAGAAUUAACUAUGGGAACAACCAAACACUCUGACAAUGACUUCAUUACAUUGCUUCUCCAAGAUGACCUUAAUGGAGGUCUCCAAGUUCUAAAAGAUAACAAAUGGUUUGACAUACCACCUGUUUCUGGGGCUCUAGUGAUCAACAUUGGUGAUAUUUUGCAGCUUAUAACAAAUGACAAAUUCAAAAGCAAUGAGCAUAGAGUAUUAGCAAGUAAAAAUGGUCCAAGAAUAUCAGUGGCAAGUUUUUUCAGUACUAAUAUGUUGCCAACUUCAAAGGUGUUUGGACCCAUCAAAGAAUUAUUAUCAGAAAAUAAUUCUCCAAAGUAUAAAGAAAUCACUUUGAGAGAUUACAAUAUCUUUUCCUUCAAUAAAGGCCUUGAUGGUAUAAAGGCUUUGGAUCAUUUUAAGCUUUGAACUAUGUAUAGAACUUCAUUAUUAAAUACUUAUUUAAUUAUGCCUAUAUCUUAUAAUCAUAAUAUAUAUAUAUAUAUAUAUAUAUAAACACAUGAAUAUGGAUGUUAAUUUGUAUUUUGUAAUUGAGUUGAUGUUGUUCUCUACUUGUUGUAUCUCUUGUUCUGAGAAAAAUACUUCCUUUUAUACUGAUCUGUGAUUCUGAUUUAGGACAGAGCUCUAUUGAUAUUUGUAACUGUUUUUAUAACUGUUUCAGUUGUAACUGAUUUUAUGUUCUUUAGUCUUGAUCUUUGUUGUA